GCCAUGGCUGCAGAGAACCCCGUGGAAAGUCUCCAGGAGGAAGCGACAUGUCCCGUCUGUCUGGAGUAUUUCACAGAACCUGUCACUCUGGAGUGUGGGCACAAUUUCUGCCGAGCCUGCAUCAGCCAGUGCUGGGAGGGAUCCGCUACAGCCGCCUCCUGCCCUCAGUGCAGAGAAACUGUGCAGCAGAGAAACCUCAGGCCCAACAGGCAGCUGGCAAAUGUCCUAGAAAUCGCCAAGCGGUUGAGUUUACAAGCAGCAAAGGGAGCAGGAGGGGACGGGGUGUGUGGGGAACACCAGGAGGCUCUGAAACUGUUCUGCGAGGAGGAUCAAACCCCCAUCUGUGUGGUGUGUGACAGAUCCCGGGCUCACCGCGCUCACACAGUGGUUCCCAUCCAGGAGGCUGCCCAGGAGUACAAGGAAAGAAUCCAGGCCCAUUUGAAGACUCUGAGGGAAGAGAGAGAAAAGCUGCUGGGAUUGAAAACGAUUGGAGAGGGGAAUAGCCAGGAGUAUCUGAAACAAACACAAACCGAGAGGCAGAAGGUUGUGUCCGAAUUUCAGGAACUGCGGGAGUUCCUGGAGGAACAAGAGCGAAUCCUGCUGUCCCAGCUGGAGAAGCUGGAUGAGGAGAUUGUGAGGAUCCAGAAUGAAAAUGUCAGUAAACUCUCUGAGCAGAUUUCCCAUCUCAGUGAGCUGAUCAGUGAGAUGGAGGGGAAGUGUCAGAAGCCAGCAAGUGAAUUCCUGCAGGAUAUUAGAAGGACCUUGAGCAGGUGUGAGAAGGGGAAGUUCCAGCAGCCAGAGGAGAUUUCUCCUGAACUGGAAGAGCGAGUCAGUGAUUUCUCCCACAAAACGAUUGUGCUGUUGGAGACUAUGGGGAAGUUCAAAGACUCUCUGCCGUCUGCACUAGAGACAAAAAGAGGAGGAUCCCUAGGAACAUUCAGACAGGUGAAUGUGACUCUGGAUCCAGACACGGCUCAUCCCGACCUCGUCCUGUGUAAGGAUCGGAAACGUUUGAGAUUGGGAGACACACGGCAGCAACUGCUCAACAACCCUGAGAGAUUUGACACUGCGCCCUGUGUGCUGGGCUGUGAGGGAUUCACCUCGGGGAGACAUUGCUGGGAGGUGGAGGUGGGGGAUGGGCGAUACUGGGCUGUGGGGGUGGCCAGAGAGUCUGUGGGGAGGACGGGAGGGAUCAGCUAUAGCCCUGAGGGGGGGAUCUGGGCUGUGCAGCGGUGGGUGGAUCAGUUCUGGGCUCUCACCUCCCCUGUGACCCCCCUGCCCCUGAGCCGGGCCCCCAGCAGGAUCCGGGUUUGUCUGGAUUGUGACCGGGGGCAGGUGACAUUUAUCGAUGCUGGUGACGAGGCCCCGAUCUUCGCUUUCCCGCCGGGCUCCGUCCCUGGGGAGAGAAUCCGACCCUGGCUCUGGGUGUGGGGGCCAGGAUCCCGGCUCCGACUGUGUCCCUGAGACACACAGGGGAUGGAGGAACCAGAAAUCAGCCUCUCUACCCUCAGGGACCCCAGUCUCUAUGACCUUGGAGGACUCCUGUCUACCCAGAACCUGGCUCCUUAUCUCUAUGACCUGUGGAAGCCCCUCCCCUUCCCUGCUAGGGUGACCAGAUUUUAUAGGGACAGUCCUGAUUUUUAGGUCUUUUUCUUAUAUAGGCUCCUACGACCCCCCACCCCCACUCCCGAUUUUUCACACUUGCUGUCUGGUCACCCUAUUCCCUGCAUUCCCAAGGAUGCGUCCAGGAGGAGGGAAGAACCCCUGGGGCUGCAGGAGGGGCAGAGGGGCCCUGAAGAGGAUGGGGAUGGGAAGGAGGCAGA